AUUUUCUUUCCUUCACCAUCAACCGAGAGAUCAGAGAGCCGGAGAGCUUAGUGACUGAAAUAUAAUAUAAGGUGUAAAGCGAUGUUACAGCGGACCGGCCCCCAGCUGCUGUUCCUCAUAGCCCUGUGCAGCGUGUUGUACUCCCGGACUCUGGGUCUGCCCUACACAUCCAUGAGGCCGACCAGGCACGCGGACGGUCUGUUCACCAGCGGGUACAGCAAACUGCUCGGGCAGCUGUCAGCGCGGAGGUACCUGGAGUCUCUGAUCGGGAAGCGGGUCAGUGAUGAGCUGAUGGAGGAGCCAGUGAAGCGCCACUCAGACGCCAUCUUUACAGACAACUACAGCCGCUUCCGCAAACAGAUGGCCGUCAAGAAGUACCUGAACUCAGUCUUAACGGGGAAGAGAAGCCUAGAAGAUCCUGGAGCCAGCGACCCGGAGGAGUCCAGGGACGAACCCAACACCUUCCAGGAAAACUACGAUGACAUCAACGUAGAUCAGCUCCUCAACAACUUUCAGCUGCCACUUUGAGGAGGAGUCCGUGUUGGAGUGAAUACCUCAAGUCAUCCUCAUGAAACCGCCC